AUGGCGAAUGGAGGAGGCGUCAACUACACCUUCGGCCCGUACAAGAUCCACCGUACCGAGGUCUUCCACUCCACCGUGCACUCCUUUGCCACGGUCAACCUGCGGCCUCUCCUACCGGGUCAUGUGCUUGUAUGUAUAAGGCGGGAAGUAAAAUGUUUUAUUGAUCUCACUGCUGAUGUGGUUUGUGACUUAUGGCCUACUGCCAAGGAAGUCGGUGGUUGUCUUGAGCGUCAUCAUGAAGCAUCUUCACUGACAUUUGCUAUUCAAGAUGAACCUCAGGCUGGGCAGACAGUUCCUCAUGUGCACAUUUUCAUUCUACCUAGGAAAAAGGGAGAUUUCGAGAAAAAUGAUGAGAUCCAUUAUGCCAUUGAUUUGAAAGAGAAGGAACUCAAGGAGAAGCUCGACUUGGACAGAGAAAGGAGGGACAGAACACCAGAGGAAAUGGACCUAGAGGCCGAUGAGUAUCGAGCUCUAUUCUCAUAGAUAAUGCUGCUUACUUCUGCCUAAUGGAUCUCAUCUUCACCGACUUAUGAAAAAUCAGUGAAGGUAUUAUUAUACGUCUUUUUCUGCCUGGCAUCACUAUGGGUUUUCUCUAUUCCUAUUACUAAGAACAGAAGAAAAAAAAGAGAAAAAAUGAAUGCAUUUUGUUCUUGACUGCA